AUGGACACUUUUAAGCACGUCUCAAGAAGCGAGUUAUACGGCGAACAAACCGCCGAACCUUCGUCAGAUAGUGGCGAUUUGCAGCUACCCGACUUCGAAUUUGUUUCAGUGACCAAAGACGAUACCGGCAGCUCAGCAGAUCCUACAAAAGCCGCCGAGAUUGAAGAUGAAUUCGACUUUCCGCUGUUUUCUUUUGGCGUAAGUGAAGCGCCAGAGGAUCAUUCAGAAAACAAAAAGCUGGAAAACGAUGGCUCUAGAGGUAGAUCUGCAACGCGUCUCAUAAAAGUUUCAUUAAGAGAACCUUCUCCUGACAUCAUCAGCCAGGAGCGGCCGCGAAGCUAUUAUUUUGCGGAGCACACCCCAGAACAGACAGCUGAAUUCGAGAAAAUCGCUAUUGACUACAAUUUGGCUACCAAAGAAAGCAGAUUGACACCAAGCAGCAGAUGGCCUGAGUACAGGGGUCGUUUGUUGGAUGCUAGAAAAUAUAAUGAGCAAUUUGAGCUCGAACGCCUGCGAGAAAUCAAAAUACGGAGGAGAAAACCCGGUAAAAAACAGCGAAAGGCCAAACAAAUUGGAGCUCAGAGAGAGCUAGAACGUUUAGAAAGGGCAAAGGAGCUCAAGAAGCUUGCAAAGAAGAAAUUUCACAAGCGCGGGGGUAAAAAGAAUAAGAAACCAGUUGAGUCGACUGCAAAGGCGUAA